UUAGGGUUCUUGGCCUUAGGGAUUAUGGCCAAAAAAGCGAAGAGGAGGACGCAGCAGCGAUUUCGUCCACCGCGGCCGGAUCAGCAGCCCUCUGGUGAGUGUAGCGAUGAAUCUCCAUCUCCAGCAGUGGAAUCAGCUCCUGGCGAGCAUAGGAAUGGCGAUGGAUUGGAGCUAGAACAGGCGGUCAAGUGCCGGCAUUUCACCCGCGGGGUGGAUGUCGAGAAGCUCGGGGAGAAGCUGCGAGAGGCCGCCUCGCAGCACUGCCUGGAUUGCUCUAAGAAGCAGCCAAAGGAUGGGAAGAAGAAGCCGGUGAAUCGAAAGAAGAACCAGCAAGAGAACGAGGACUCCUCCUCGCUGUGGUUUUGCCUGGCCUGUGCUCACGUCGGGUGUGCUAAGUCUGUGGAGGAGACUUCGUCGGCAGUCCAGCUCCCUCUCGGACAUGGUCAUGCUAUCGAGCACUUUAGGAGGAACAGGCAUCCUUUCGUUCUCCAAUGCGGGGAUGCGAGUUCUAUAUGGUGCUUGGAUUGUCAGGGAAGUAUCGCGACGCAGGCUUCGAUCAUAGAUGGUUUUCCUGGUCUCGGAGCCAGGGGAAAGCUUCUGCAGCAGGCAGUGAGGCUGAUCCAGGAGAGUUCGAUGAGUGAAAGUGAUGGUGCUGGGAAAGGAAAGGAGGAGAACGAGAGCGUGAGUGCUACUCGUUCCGCUACUUCUACUUCAGUGGAGUGCUCGUCACCGAAGAAUGGGAUCGUCCGGGGUCUCGUCAACUUGGGGAAUACGUGCUUCUUCAACUCGGUCAUGCAAAACUUGCUCGCGGUGAGGUACUUGAAGGACUACUUUCUCAAUCCUGUCGCUGGUGGUGCUUCCGAGGGACCUCUCACGUCUGCGCUGAGGAGGUUCUUCCUCGAGAUCAAUGGUGACAAUCUGGAAGCGUUCUCGGGGAAUGCCAAGAAGCGGCAUCGCGACUAUACUACGUAUAAUCCGAAGGGUUUGUUUGGAGCGCUGUGUUCGAAGUCUUCUCGGUUUUCUGGCUAUCACCAACAGGAUAGCCACGAGUUGCUGCGAUGCCUUCUCGACGGUCUUCAGGUCGAGGGGAAACAUAAAGAGUCGGAGGAGAAGAACUCAACCAACGGAAAAGAAGAUCAUACGUUCGUCGACCAUCUCUUCGGCGGACAGUUUGCGAGCACGGUUACCUGCUGUGAGUGCGGCCAUUCUUCGUCAGUUUUGGAACCUUUUCUUGACGUUUCUUUGCCAAUCCCUUUGUCACACAGCUCCAAGGGAACAACAAGCACUUUCAAGGUAGCAAGCAAGGUGCAAACAAACAACGCAUGCUCGAAGAGGGAGGCCAAAGCGAAGAAGGCACUUGAAAGGAAAAGGAAAGUAUUGCAGCCGAAAGCUUCUUUCCAGAUCAAGUGCGAGAAAAACAUCGGUGAAAAGAUCAGCGAGACGGCCGUUGAGAAACAAGCAGAAACAGGAAGUGUGAUGGAUGACCUUUCGUGGCUGGACUACGUAGGGGACGACUUCGUAGAUGUCACUUCUCAACAGCAGUUUUCCGACCACGAUGAGAAUCGGCUAGAGGUUACGGUGGCCGAAGAAGGUGGCUCGGAACUCCGUGAUGAAGGGAAGGCAGUGGCAGAAGUCGAUGCAACUACAUCAGGUCCUCUGGGAGGUGAAGGAAAGGAAGCAGACAAUGCCGAUAGCAUUGUAGGUGAAGGUGUUACAACUAUAGCAGCUCUACCCGGGAAAGAGGAAGAAGACCUUUCGAAAGUGGGGAAAGAGGAAGACGACCUUUCGAAAGUGGCCGAUGUGACUAUAACAGGUGUGGAAGAUAGUGUAGAUAAUUCAGAGGGGCUCCCUUCUGCGGGCCCUCCUGCAGUGAUUUUACUGCCAUACUGGGAAGGUGACAAUCAAGCAUCAUCGAACGUACAGGACGGCUGGGAGAUGCUUGCGCCUAGCGAGGUUGAUGGUAUAGCAGAUCUUUUUUUCGAGGAGGAGGCCAGCACUUCGGUCACUGUGUUAGGCUGCGCGGAGCGUCCUGGGACAAGCAGUACGAACGCCGCAAGUGUGGAGGAAACGGAAGAGAUUGAAGACAUCAUCGAGAAGAGCAUCACGGCAAAGUCUCUGGAGGGAUGCCUCCAGGCUUUUACCAAGCUGGAAGUUCUCUCCGGUGAGAAUGCGUGGGGCUGCGACAACUGCACACGGAGGUCCUGUGACUCGGCGGAUUCAACGAUUGUUGAUGGGGAUGAGGACGGUCCUACUUGUGACGCUGAAGCUCGAGGAACGGAACCGACGUCAUCUCAAGCAGGUCCAUGCAGCAUGGAGGAGAAAGGCGAGGACGAAGACGGGAAUGAUACGUCUUGUGGCAAGCCAAAAACGAAACAGGCACACAAGGGAGGAAGCAGCAGCAGAAGCAGCAGCAGCACCAAAGUUUUGGUAAAGAGAAAGGCGACAAAGCGGCUAGUUAUACGAAAGGCGCCUCCGGUGUUGACGGUUCACCUGAAGCGAUUCGCCCAAGACAUGCGUGGACGACUGAGCAAGCUCACGGGUCACGUAGCAUUCGACGAGCUCCUCAACUUGAGCCCGUUUCUCAGCGCCUCCAGGGAUGGCGGCUUAUAUCGCCUGGUUGGAGUCGUGGAGCACUCGGGCACCAUGAAAGGCGGGCAUUACGUCGCGUUUGUCCGUGGAGGAAGCGCCGGGGAUGGCAAGGAGAAUUUUUGGUACUAUAUCAGCGACUCGGACGUGCGAAGAACAACGCUGGAUCAAGUUUUGAGAAGCGAGGCCUACCUCCUUUUCUACGAGAGAGUUUGACAGAGCCCGAGUAAGCUGGUUUCAUUUUUCUCUUCUAAAAUUCUUUCUGCGGAUUCGCAAACCAAGUGUACAGUGGCAACAGACAAACAGCAGCAUUCUCGCUGGUGGUCGAUCGAUUUCAACUAUUUUCUUAGCUC